AUGGCUUUAAAUACAAGUGUGGAUCACGAAUACAGCCAGUAUACUCCCAGUCCCAGAGUUCAACAAGGGUCAAGACGAGCACCUAGCUACCAUACUCUAUUCCAAAUAAGACUGGAAAAAAUCCCAACGGAAAAGCGUCACGAUUUGCGCAUGUGCAGUCUCAUUGGCUGCGGUUGGCGUGGCCGACUACUGCAGCUCAUCACAGCGGUUCUGCCGUUCAGAGUCUGUGCAGUUUUCCAGACUUAUUUGGAAUAG